AGGGUAGACUGUGCCCACCGAUUCACCUGCUGCAGGAGACAGAACAAUCUCAACCUACCCAGUCCCCUAAUAACUACAACUAGAUAGUUACACAAUAAAACCACCUUAAAACAUUUAGAAAAUCAAAAACAGGAAGAAGACAGAAAAAGUACAGAAGUACAUCUACAAUCCACAUCCACAAUAAGUUAUUGUUUAUGUCUCUGCCUGAUUUGAAUAGGUCACUCUGACAAACAUGUGACCUUAAGUUUAAUGUUCACACUGAAAGCAGGCCUAGGGUGACUCGUUUAAACAUACAUAUUCAGGCAGAACUGUCUGUUAAUUAAUAAUUUAAAACAUUAUAAAGAUCAAAUGUUGGACUUCCAGCCCAAACACGUGCCACCAAACAGCAUUUAAAAAGAGGAGGGCCGAAUUCAUCAGUAGUAGACACUUGGACUUGAAGUCAGGGUUAAUACUUCAUCUCUUAACGAACAGGCGAAGUCCUUCAUCUUGAGAUGAACAAAGGAAGAGUAAAGCGAAGUCAGAACACUGCUGGAGACAGAGGACGGUGGGCAAACAAAACAGAAUAUCUUCUGGUCGUUGCAGGAAAUGUGGUGGGUCUGGGCAACGUGUGGAGAUUUCCUUAUCUCUGCUACAAGAAUGGUGGAGGUGCCUUUCUGGUGCCAUAUUGUCUCUUAGCUGUGGUGUGUGGAAUACCAUUGUUCCUAAUGGAGACUUCAUUUGGUCAGUACACUCAAGAAGGAUUUAUCACCUGCUGGAGGAAACUGUGUCCACUGGCACAAGGAAUUGGAUAUGGAGCUUUCAUAAUGAAACUUUAUGACUUUAGCUACAUUUUAAUACAAGUCUGGGCUCUCUUCUACCUCGUGUUUUCAUUCAGCUCCCAGCUCCCAUGGGUCAGCUGUGAGAACACCUGGAAUACAGCUAACUGUCUUGGUCUUUACUCAUCUAAUGGGACUGCAAAUCUAACCAACGCCACCUCUGCUGCAGUCGAGUUCUGGGAGCAUCGGAUGCUGGGCAUGUCUGCAGGUAUCGAGGAAAUGGGCAGUGUGAGGUGGGAGCUGGCUCUUUGUUUACUGGCCAGCUGGGUGUUCUGUUACUUCAGCAUUUGGAAAGGUGUCAGAUCUUCUGGAAAGGUAGCCUAUUUCACAGCCCCAUUUCCCUAUGUGAUACUCCUAAUACUGCUCAUUAGAGGGCUGACUUUACCAGGAGCAUGGGAAGGAAUUUACUUCUACCUGUAUCCAGAUGUGAACCAGCUGGCUAACCUUGAGGUCUGGACUGAGGCAGGCUCUCAAAUAUUCUUCUCCUACAGCCUGACAAUGGGGACUCUAAAUGUUCUGGGCAGCUACAAUGAUUACAACAAUAACUGUUAUAAAGACUGCUUUUGGCUGUGUCUGCUGAACAGUGGAACCAGUUUUGUUGCUGGGUUUGUUGUCUUCUCUGUACUGGGAUUCAUGGCAGAGAAACAGGGUGUAACUGUGGAUGCUGUGGCUGAGUCAGGUCCAGGUCUGGCCUUCAUUGCUUACCCUCAGGCUACAGCGAUGAUGCCUUUGCCACAGUUUUGGACCGUCUGCUUUUUCCUGAUGCUCAUUCUGCUCAGUGUCGACACACAUUUUGUGACAGUAGAGAGUGUCAUCACCUCCAUCAGUGACUUGUUUCCGACGUUGUUUCGUGCUCCGGUGAGGCAUGAGAUCUUUGUCCUUAUCUUCUGUUCAGCCUUCUUUCUCGUACAUCUGACCAUGGUCACCGAGGGAGGAAUAUACAUAUUCCAGCUUAUUGAUUACUACGGUUGCACCAGAGCUUGUCAGGAUUGUAUGGCUGUUUGUCAGUGUGUGGCUAUAGCCUGGAUUUUUGGUGCUGAACGUUUUUCCAACAUUAUUCUGGACAUGGCAGGACAGAAACCAUCUGCCUUCUUUAAUCUGUGCUGGAGAUACAUCAUUCCUCUGCUGACACUUUCUUCCUUCAUCUUGUACCUCGUUGAUUAUCGACACCUCAAGAUUAACAACUCAUACGUUUACCCAGACUGGGCGUACACACUAGGAUGGGCCAUGACUCUGUCGUCUGUUCUCAUGGUACCACUGUUCGCAGCUGUACAGAUGUAUUUAACACCAGGCACCUUCAGACAGCGUUUGCUCGUCCUUUGUCGUCCUGUUGAAGAGGCAGUGAAGCAGACAGAAAAUGAGGGAAUGAAACUAAGUGGUGACAACUGUAAAGCUGAAGCCCUCUGCGGGAAACGUGUCUCCAGUUCACUUAAAACUUAAGGUUAAAAACCUUUUCAGCUCUCAUAACUUUGUAGUAAUCAGCGAUGAUUUAUUAAUAAAUUAACAAUUAAAUGAAAACAAACUUUAAUGGUUGUUCAUUUCGGACAUUUCUCAAGUCUUUUGUUUUAGCACACUGUCUAUACAAAAGACCAGUUACAUACUCAGGUAAGAUGUUGUUAGCAUUUUAUAAACUUUGUUAAAGAAAGUUAAAAGGGAGUUAAAGUAGCCUUUGAGCCUCCCAUGUGUAUUCGCCAAAGAUACAUGUGAGGCAUUUAGAUAUCUACAGAUGGCAGCUAACUCAAUGGUUUUAGUUAAUUAAAAUAACAUGAAUGAACGGAGUGCACACACAAGUGAUCACAUUAUUAAAUGGAUGUUUUUCAAUAUACUCUGCACUGUAUACUGUAAAUAUAUAUGAGAAUCAUAGUUUUUCACAUCUUUAUGCAGAGUUCUUUUUUUAGUUCUCACUGAGGUUCUGUUGUAUGUGAUACUGUUAGACAAAGUAUUUAGUCAGCAGGUCAGCAUGACUGAAUAACUGCGAUCAAAGUGCUUAUCAAAAUAUGCAGCAGCUAUGCCCGUUACUGCCUGGUGUGAGUCUGAUCGUGUCACACAUCCCCCAGUUUGAUUUGACUGGUAAAUGAAU